UGUUAUGUGCCUCUUCAUUAUCAGACUGAUCCAAGAUUUACUUCAUUUAAAAUUGACAUUUCUCUGGACUGUCAGUACACCUUUCACAAAAUUUGGAGUUUAUGGUGAAGGAUUUGAUGCAUGGUUGUCAUCUUAUUGGCUUUCUUAAAACUACUCAAUUUUCAAUUCAUUUUGCCUGGAUCUGAACAAUAUAAAAGUAGCAUAUUAAAGGAAUUGGAAGAUGAGAUUGAGGUGGGUUGUGAUUGAUGGUUUAGAACCUUGCAUGUGAUCUUGAGAUCUUUGGCCAUUUUCUAAGGGUGGGUUACUUCGUUCUUUCAUAUGUUUUUGGGUCUGAUGCCUCUGGUUUAGGAUCUGUUAAAGGUUUUGGUACACUGUCAGAUUUUGUCUCUCCCAUUGAGGUGUCAUGUCCUGAUAGUUUCAGUGGAAAGAUUGUUUGUUUUAAGCAACAGUGGAUUCAUUGUAUUUUGUAUGCAAAGAAUGGUUUCUCAGGUGUCAUGGGAUGUUUACAGAAGAAGGUGAUGCAUUGAACAAGUGAUUAUGGCAUUUGUUGCUGCCUGUUUGUUCGUGGCCUAGCUUGUCACAGUGAGGUAAUUGAGGAUUCAAUGUUUGGGUCAGUUGAACUGAAAGCAAGGGCUCCGAGAUGUCGAAGUCACUUGCUGCAAUUAUUGGAGGUGCUGCAGGGUUUGUUGCAUUUGUUCUCAUAGUCCUUGGUUGCUUUUGGUUUUUCUUUUUGCAUCGCAAGAGUUCAGCAAAUAGAAACUCAGAAACUGGUUCAUCGGAUCCUUCUGCACAAGAAUGGAACAAAGGAACUAUGAGGCAGUUCACACUUGAAGAGUUGGGGCAAGCAACCAAGCAUUUCAGUGAAAGCAAUCUCAUUGGGGAAGGUAGAUUUGGAUUGGUGUUUAAGGGCCUUCUUCGAGAUGGGACUGUUGUUGCCAUCAAAAGGCGUUCAAGUGCUGCACGACCAGAAUUUGUUGAGGAGGUGCACUACCUAUCAGAGAUCCGGCAUCGCAAUCUAGUUAGCCUUCUUGGCUACUGCCAGGAAUAUGAUCAGCAAAUGCUAGUAUAUGAAUAUCUGCCAAAUGGAAGUGUUUCCAGUCAUUUAUAUGAUACAGGUCUGGACCCCACAACAAAGCUAGAAUUCAAAUAUAGGCUCUUUAUUGCUUUGGGAGCGGCUAAAGGUUUGAGCCACUUGCAUGGUAUGGCACCUCCUUUGGUACACAAGGAUUUCAAAACAAGUAAUGUCCUUGUUGACGAGAAUUUCAUUGCCAAGGUGGCAGAUGUGGGUCUCUCUAGAUUACUAGAGAGAAUUGACGAAGCCAGUUCUUCUCGAGUUACCCGUGGCGAUGUUUUCCUGGAUCCAGAGGUUGGAGAUGCAGGAUCAUUCUCUGAAAGCAGCGAUGUGUACAGCUUUGGGGUGUUUCUCUUGGAACUCGUAACAGGUCGGCAAGCUGGGAGUCUGAAGUUGUCAGAAUCAGUCAGAAGCCUAUAUGAAUGGGUGGAAUCAUGCGUGGAGUCGAAUGAGUAUGGUUCAAUUGUAGACCCAAGGCUUGGGCCUGGUUACACUAAGGAAGGAAUGGGAAACCUUUUCCGCUUAAUUCUUCGAUGCCUAAGUUUGAAUGGGGGGAGGAGACCAGCCAUGGAACAAGUCUCAACAGAGCUUGACCGGAUUCUAGAGGAGGAGAUGACUCUGACAACAGUCAUGGGUGAAGGCACAGCUACAGUAACUCUUGGGAGCCAGUUAUUCACCUCUUCUACGUAAGAGGACGAUAAUUGUUAUUUGUGUCAGAUGAUGCUGAUUGAUUGAUUUUUUAUGCUUGUAACAUAGUUUGAGCUUGUGGUAACCCAAGUUUUAUUCGAUUGAUUGUAUCAAUUGUUACAAUAUAUGAUUGCUACUUUUAUUUUGGUUAAAUUUUUGUGGCUUCUGAUAACAGCAGCUCUGAAAGAAAACUAGCUGUAAUACUACACAUUGAGAGAGAAAAGAAGCAAUUUCUAUUUUCAGUAAAACGGAAUUGUUGCUGUCU